AUGGUUCUAUCAUUUUUUCAGAGAAAAGAAACAAAUCAAGUUCCAAACACAAGAUCACAACGUGUUAAAUGCUGGGAAAGUAGAGAUCAAUUUUUUGCAUGUUUAGAUAAAAUUCAAGUGAUAGAUUCACUAUCUCCAGUUAAUCAAGAUAAAGUUAAAAAGAAUUGUUCCGAGGAAUUCAAUAAUUUCAAUAAAGAGUGUAUUAAUAGUUGGAUUCAAUAUUUUCAAAAGAAAAGGAUAACAGAUUGGGAAAAAUCACAAUAUGUUAUGUCUAUUGAAAAAGAUUCAAAUAAUGAAACUACAACUACAAAAAAAAUAAAUAAAUGA